AUGAAGAUCAUUUCGGACCUGACCAAGAAGCUAAUCAAGGCAAAGGCUCUCAAAUUUCAUUCUUUCAUCGUUACUACUUGUUAUGCCGAACAGGAGCGCUUCAUCAAUGAGGCGAUGUUCAGAUUAGCAAAGAAGUAUGAACUACCAAGGAACGACUUGCCAACCGUAAAGCUAGCACCGGUAAUCCAGGGCAAAGAGGCCGAUGUCGUCUUGUUCGAUACAGUGAUCGACUCGGAAGAUACGAUGGGGCAACUCGGUCUUGCACAAGGGGAGCCAUUCGAAGGGUAUCAAGGACCCUGGAAAAUGUCUUUCAAAAACCUUCAAGCGAUCAAAUACGUCGUCUUGUACGAGUCGUCAAGUCUCCUUUGCUUUCCAAUACCAUUCGUUGCUGUCGUCUCCUUGCCAUUGGGAUGCCGCGCCGCUCUCGUGGCAAGUCAGCCCUUUGGAGCUCUGUUCAGGGGUGGUGCUACCAAUGGACGUCAUCGCGACUCAUAUACAUCCAAAACGCCAGCUGUUGUGCGAAGUCCCAUUUCCUUGCUCAACCCCCCCAAGAGCGUGGUCCCCACUGACUCGCCAACGCAUCAUCUCGGAGGUCGAGGAGACCGCCGCACCGUUGCCUUGGGAGAAGCCAGAUGCACAGACGUCGCACCUGGAGCGCAAAGAGGCCGGUAUGAGGGAAGCCGCAAUGUACGCCAACCUAGCAAACUUUCGGCGUCCAGUGGCUCCACCACAAACACUGAACGACCCUCUGUUCCCGAAUAUGCAGAUGUCUACUUCGCCGAGGUCUUCCCAUGGGAGAUGUCUUCGGCCGACGCAACAAGUAGCCUUGUUGGGGGAGGUACUUCAAGGUUAAGGAUGGACGAUGUCAGUUACGAGGAUCUUACUGAAGAGAGAGCAUACCUGCCCAGCCUUCCACCACAAUUACCAGCCGCCAGCACCUGUACCCCAGGCCUUGAACCGGACCUCGCACGCGCCACUGCUCAAUUUGACAGGUGCACCUCGGUCGGCCUGAGGGCGGAGCUUGAACGCGAGACCAACCAGGAGCCAUGGACAGAGGCUGCCGCUCAGGAAGCAGCACCCUUAUCAGCCAUCAACCGACUCGUCGGUUUUCCGUCCGCUGUCAAUGGUUUUCUACGUCCCAUACUUACGUCUUCCAACAAGCCAUCCGUCACCGAUGCCGAAGUCUCCCCGGCAUGA